UUUCACGCCGAACGGACGCUCGCGCUGCGUUUCGCUUCGAAAUACUACUUCGAUACUACUCUCCACCACCCUCGUCGUCGUCGUCGUCUCGUCUCACUCGGCGUUCUCUGGGUCGCGGAAUCAAAAUCUGAAGAAUUCCUCCUCGCCAGAAGAAUUCGCAAAUGCUUCACAGUCCAAGUGCAUUUGUUUACACAUCCGAAAGAUACGUCGCGAGUGUUAGUGUUCACCAUUUCGCACAGAAAUGUGGCGUUAAAUAAAUAUAUAUUUUGGUCCCCUUUUUUUUUACAAUUUUUUUUUAUUAAACCAAAAAAAAGUGAUUACCAAAAAAUAACCCUCGGGAAGAAAGAAUUUAGAUCGAGAGUGUACGAGAGUGUGUUGACACUUGAAAGACACCGAUGCAUGUGAGCUGACAGGAAGUAGAGCGCCAUUAAGUCCAUCACAUCAAAAGGCAGUUAGAACCAUGGAACAGAACUCGGCCCAAACUGUUUUUUUGCUAAUUGAGGUCGUUGUCUAGAUUUCUUUGCUGCGAAAUCGCACGCCAUUUUCUAGCAUGCUCUAGGAAUAUUACGAAACUCGUAAGAUUACCGAUUCGAACGCGAUCGAAAUAUUUAUUUAAAAAAAGAAACCACAAACGAUUUCAAACGAAACGGAAGUUCAUAAAGGUGGAAACGGAAACGGAAAUCGAGCUAGCUGUGUAAGAGUGUGACAAGGAGAGAGUGAUAGUAGGAAGAGCACACCCACACUCACACACAAAAAGGAUCAAAGAGAGAGCCACGCCCAGAAACAUGAGCAGCAUGAAGGGCGGCUUCUCAACCUUAAAUCGCUGGUUUGGCCGAAAAAAGGGUAAGAUUUCCAAAAAAAAAUAUAUAAAAGGCCUUAAAAUAAUCCUUAAUAUCCUUUUAGACAAAUCCAGCACCGGCAGCUCCUCCAUCGGCAAGCUGUCCAAGUCGACGACACAGCUCCAUCAUCUGUCCACCGACACGGACAUCAACGAGACUAGUCAGCUGGAGUACAACCGAAUCACACCGGUGCCCGCCGCCACCAGUAACGCCCCCUUCGAGCAGACCUUCCGGAUCACCGUUCUGCUCCCCAAGGACCAGCUCUUCGUGGCCCGUCUGGGCGCCCGGGUGCCGCUCAGCAAGCUCCUGGCCCUCGUUUGCGACAACAAGCAACUGGAUGCGGAAAAAUACGAGUUCCGGAGUCCAGUGGACGCUAGUCAGGUGUACAGUUGCGAGUCCACAAUCGGAGCCGUGGGUCUCUCCGAGAUCCGGCUGUGCCACAAGUCGGAGUCGUACGACAACUUCAAUCCGGAUGCCAUGCACAAGUUCCAUCGCACUGGGAUCGCACGCGACUCGCUGAGCAGCAGUUCCGAUUUCAGCAGCAGCCGGAACUCGAAGAUCACGGCCAAGACACCGAGUCCGUACAGUUCGAGCAACUCCCUCAACUCGAUGGACUCCACGGGGAUGAACUACACCCGGAUACCGGUGGUGGUGCCGCCGGCAAAAGUCCUGGCGCCGCCGCCCCGCAAGAAGCGAACGGCUCCACGGCCGCCGAGCCAGAUUUGCAUUCCGGAGCAGUCGGUUCCGGAGAUACCCUCGAAUCCUCCGCCAUCUAAAGUGGCGGCUCCCGCUCCUGCUCCUCUGAAAUCGGAGCCAGCUUAUGCGGUGAUUGUGAAGCGUCCCCAACUCCACAUGUCCACGCCGAAUCUGUCCGGGAAUCAGGAGCUGGACUGCAACGGUAACAGCGCCAAGGGCGUAAUCCGACAGGAGGAGGACUCCCCAGACGGUCACUACGCCACGCUGGAUCUGAAGCCUCUGUCCGGUGCCGGGGGACCGGAGCCCACGCCCCGGAAGCGCCUAAUUCAGAUUAAGAAGAAAACGGCGCCGGCUCCUCCGCCGGAGCAUCUGAGUGGCGGGGACACGGUGUCCCUUGCUUCCCUGCCGGAAGUGGCCACUCCGCCCACGCCUGUGAAUGGCAAUGUCCCCCAGCCGGCACCCAGGAUCACCACACCCCUGCCCGUGGCCAGUAGCCCGCCGGUGGUGGAGAACGGCCUGGCAGCCACACAGAACGGAAACGUCUCCAAAGUGCUACUGAAUCGCACGCCCACACCGGAGCCCCGAUCCCUGGGCAGUGCCGCCGACGAAGACGACAACGAUGCGGCCUCCAAGCAGGCGGAUUCCGGAAUCGGAGAACCGGCACCGUCUCCGUCACCCGAGCCGGAGGUGGAACUGGAUCUGGAGAACAAGUCGCAGCAGGAAUCGAGUUCCGAGGACGACGAAGCCAUCAAGGUGUACAACUUUAAGCUGUGCAAGACCUCCUCGAAGAAGGUUGAACCUCCAGUGGCCACCAGUCUGGCGGAACUGGCCGCCCUCGCCAAGGAAGAAGACCAGACAGAGGAGGAGGAGCAGGCGGUGGCCACUCCCAAUGGAAAUCUGACCACGCCCGGCAGCACCAGCGAGCUGACCUCGCUCUCCUCGUGGAACUAUUCGGUGCCCAUAUCGCCGCCGCCGGAUUUCUCCGACAGCCGGGCAUCCCAGGCAAAGGCAAACGGUGGCAACCGAAGUCCCGGCUCGCCGCUGGACGAGAUCGUGGACGAGCUGUCGGCCAUCAUCAACCAGCAGAAGCUGGAAACCAUCAUCAAGAAGCAACCGGAGCCGACAGAGAUCGAGGCGGCCAAGCCGAGUCGUCUGGCCAACUUCAGCAUUGCCACGGCCAAGACCACGACGAGGGUGGCUCGCGCGGACUCCUUCCAGGCCGUGGGCUCCCCGGAGACACCCUCAGCUAGUCCCGGGCCGGGGGAGGGCCUGAGCCUGCGCAGCACCUCCCACGUCUCGCUCAACAAGCUGGAGCAGAAUGGCUAUCCGUUGGGCCAGAGGCGCUCCUCCAGCGAGCUGAGCAUCGGCGAGUCGCCCUCCCUCCAGAGCCUGGAGGUGAUCAAGACCAUACUGAACUCCCGGAAGAACAGCCUGGCGGAGAGCGCCGGCAGCAGCAGUCCCGUGGCGGAGCAACCAAAGAUACCAAGUCCUUCGGUGGAGCAGCAACUGACCAAAGAACCAAAGAACCAGGUCAAGGAUGCAAGUCCGGCAGCACCACCAAAGCCACCACUGUCCUUGACCGUUACAGAGAAGGUGGUGGAGUCUCCCAAGCCUGUCCAGAAAGUAGCUGUUUCUCCGGUUGUUGAGAAAAAGCCUGUCCAGAAAGCAGUGACUCCUCCUCCCGUUGAGAAUAAGGUUUCAUCGUCACCCAAGCCUGUCCAGAUGGUGCCCGCUGCUGUGGUUCUCGAGUCAGCUCCUAUUGUCUGCAAAGAGGAGCCACUAGAAGUUUUUAACGAGUGGAAGACCACUGUCCCCAAGGAGCCAUCACCACCGCCCGUAGAAAAACCAGUUUCCGAACAAUCCUCCCCAGCUACCCCCCUGAGCCCUGUAGCCCUGCGAGAGCCGAGUCCAAAGCCCGUCAAGAAGGAGGCGGUUGAAUCCGCGCCAGGAUCCAAGCCCUUGCCGCCCAGCUACCGGUACUCUGGUCCGCCCAGCAUCAACUUUGCCACGUGGAGCGAGAGACCCAAGUCCCAGGUGGCGAUCAAGAACGAAGGCGACUACAUCUUCGGCGGUGCUGGGAAAUCCCAGACAGUGUCCUCGCCGCCGGCCAAGCUGACCAUCGAAGUGGCCUCGCCCAUUCUCAGGAUGGGCAUUCCGCAGCGUAAGGAGUACCAUGUUCCCAUCACGGUGAAGCCUCUGAGGGAUGUGGUGCCAGAAGCUCCACAGGAGAAAGAAGAGGUGUCUAAGCCAGUGGCCAAGGUGGAAGUUCCAGCUCCGAAACCCACACAAGUUCAGUCCUCGACACUGCCGCGACCUGCCAAGACCAAUCGCUUCACCCUCCCAGCCGGCAAUCACAUCCAGGUGGUGUCCACCACCUCCGCCAGCAGCUCCGCCAGCAACUCCCUGCCACGCCCCGUCUCCAGUCUGGAGCGGAACAAGCCCGUGGAGGCGACACCCACACCGUUCGGUCAGAAUACCUUGCGCCGCACUGGCUUCAAGGAGCGAAUGCUGGCCAAGGAGCAGCAGGAGCAGGACAAGGCUCGCAGCUCUAGGGUUUUGGUGAACGGAACUUCAUCCACCCCAGCACCUCCUGUAGCAGCUCCUGCUCCGGCUCCAGCCAAAGCUGCCACUCCUGCUCCCUCAGUAGCACCCGCAUCAGCUCCCACUUCCACAUCCCCGCCAGCCACAUCCCCCAAGCCCGUCACCUUCCUGAAAACCAGCAAGGUUGAAUUGAAACUGAAACCGGAAACGGAAACAAAGUCGGAAGCUGUAACCCUGCAGGUGAAGCUACGUCCCACAUCCCAGCCAGCUGCCGCAGUGGCAGCAGCAGCAGCAGUGCCACCCCCGCCUCCGCCACAACUGGGCCUGGCCCUGAAGCCCGUCAAGCCCAAGGAGGCAGGACGCAGUGCAUCCGCUGGCAACACACCCACCACGCCCGAUCCCCGUUCCCAGCUCCUGGAGGCGAUACGGAACUUUAAGCGUGAGGAGCUGAAUAGAUCCUGAAUAUCCUUGUCCUGUCACAGUUGAAAUCCCAAA